UUAUUGGUGCAUAAGCAUAAGGAAACGCGUGUUUUUUAAUUUUUUCGUUGACGUGUUCGGCCGGAAGAGUUUGAGCGACGCUCCUUCUGUUUCCGGUGCGGUGAGAGCAGAGGUGUGAUUCACACACAGCAGAGCAAACAACAGAUCAAACAUGCAGGACCCGAACGCAGACACCGAGUGGAACGACAUCCUCAGGAAGAAGGGCAUCCUUCCUCCCAAAGAGGCGGCGGCGGAGGAGGAAGAGGAGGAGCAGCUUCAUCAGACGCAGUCCGUGGUGAAGACGUACGAGAGCAUGACCCUGGAGGAGCUGGACGAGAACGAGGACGAGUUCAGUGAGGAAGACGAGCAGGCCAUCGAGAUGUACAGACAGAAGAGGCUGGCCGAGUGGAGCGCCCGUCAGAUGAAGAGUGUGUUUGGGGAGCUGACUGAGAUCUCGGGGCAGGAUUAUGUGCAGGAGGUCAAUAAAGCUGGAGCUGGUAUCUGGGUGGUGCUGCAUCUCUACAAGCAGGGGAUCCCGCUGUGCUCGCUGAUAAACCAGCAUCUGUCUCAGCUGGCCCGUAAGUUUCCUCAGACCAAGUUCCUGAAGUCCAUCUCCAGCACCUGUAUCCCGAACUAUCCCGACCGGAACCUGCCCACGCUCUUCGUCUAUCACGAGGGAGAGAUGAAGGCCCAGUUCAUCGGACCGCUGGUGUUCGGAGGAAUGAACCUGUCCUGUGACGAGCUGGAGUGGCGUUUGUCUGAGUCUGGGGCGAUCAAGACAGAUCUGGAGGAGAACCCUCGGAAACAGAUCCAGGAUCAGCUCCUGACGUCCAUCCGCUGCUCGGCGCCGCGCCGGAGAGAUGAUGAAGAUGAUGAAGACGAGGACUGACCCACUACAGUCACACAUGAACUCUUGAGCAGAGACACGGCCAGCGUUCGUUUUAUAGAAGAUUUCUAACAGCCUUCGACACUUUCAGCGUCCACCGUUAAUCACAUCCAGAAUAAAUGUGUGCAGGUAUAUAUUUAAUAGAAAUGUUAUGUGUGUUGUGUGUAAACAGCAAUCAUUUCUAAAUAUAUACUGUGUGUGUGUGUUUAUAUUCACGUCAUAAAUAUACACACAACACAAUGAAAUAAAAACGUUUAUUUUGUAUGCAAGUCAUAAUUUGGCAGCGCAAAUAAAAACCAUUGAUUUUGA